AUGCAGGCCAGUCUGCUGACUUUGCCCGCCGAAAUCAUUGCAGAUAUUUUCUCAUUUUUGGAUCUGACUUCAUUAUUAUCUGCAUCAAGACCAGAGGGGCAAGAGUACCGACUACUACAGAAUCUUUCAUGCAUCUCUUGCAUUCCAAGACGAAAUUGGUUGCAUAUUUUGACGCUGGGCCCGCCGAGUCUCAUCCUAUACAAUGACAUACCUUGGUUGCCCGAUGACCUGUGGGGAGAGGCUUUUAUGAUACGCUUCCUACCAAGUUGGACCAAAUGGAAGCGUGCUGAGACGUGGAAAAAGACCUUUCGUUUGUUCGCCCCUUGCACGUCAGAUGAAUCCUGGACAAGUUAUGUCAUGCUAAGUAGACAAGGCAUUGUCAACUUUAAUUCGGCCUACUCGAGACAAUUUGACCCUCAUGCCAUACUCGAUGUUUACAAGGAACAGAAUAAUAUCAGAAACCAGCCCUCUACUACUCGAUUAAUUGUGCAAUUGGCCGAUGUGAAGAUCAUAGCAAUCGGCACUUUGGGCAAAGCCACAGCCUUUCGUGUCAACCGUCUAGCAAAGGAAUUCAUGCAUCCUACGGGUAUCUAUCCUCCGGGAGUGAAGCCCCUCGUUCAGUUGGAAGACGAGCAGAUACCAGCAUCCGCUUCUUCGGACGGACCACAAUAUCCUCACCCACCUAAUGUCGGCAUUCCUAUGACAAGAAGUAUAACUCUGGAUCCAACUCCAUCCAGUCAAUCAUCUCUUUGGAAAAGACUCCGCUCUGGCACUUUUACGGGAAGGCCGACAUCCCCGAACACCACACAAUCCAUGUUGAUAGUCGAAAGUGUACCUCUUUCGAAGGAAGUGCCCGUUUAUUCUCGUCUGACACACCCCCUACCCGUCGAGAAUCACAGGAACUUUCCUCUGUACACACCAGGAGGAAAAUACUUGCGCUGGCCCAAGGACUAUGACGGAACUAACGAAGAAUUUUGGGUGGGUCCGAUGCUGUAUGUUCUGCUUUCCCCUUUUUUGACUCCAACUCACGUGUUUUGGCUCGUAGUAUCACCGCUCUUCUGA